CUGCCCGAGGUGGGAUUCGAACCCGCAGUACUCUGCAGUCUAGGCGAGUGCUCUACCAACUGAGCGCCAGGGCAACUCAGCUGGUAGGGGUUCGAAUCUUCAACAUGAUACAACACAAGGCAAACCUCAAACCACUGUGCUAUGGCACAUGUAUACAUAGUGUGUUAUAUUUCAUGUCCCACAGUAAAGAAAAGGAGGAGAUGAAUUUGAAGUGUAACUCACUUAUCCAAGUAAGUCACUCCCACUUACAUUGUAACCACACCAUAAUGCUACAGGUUUUAGCACUUUUGCUAGGCUACACGAACAGCACUAGGUGUACACAUUCCAUGCUGUGGAGUCGUUUUUAGGAGAAGGAGGGUGUGGUGAGGGAGAGAGACGAGCUGAAUUCGCUGGCAGAGGAACUCGGGAGAGAGCUCCAUCAGAGCAAGGCACAGGUCGGAGAGUUGAGGACUGAAACUGAAUAUCUCAACACUCAACUAGAGGAGGCGAGACUAUCUCAGGAGCAGCUGGCAGACCAGGUGGCCAAGGCCAGUGAAGACCGACAGACCCUAGAGAAGAAACUAGAAUCGGCCGAAAAGUUGGCAGAGAAGAGGAAGACCCUGGUUGACGAGAUGUCAAUUAGAGGCCAAGAGACAGCCGAGGAGCAGAAGAAAAAGAUGGAGGUGGUUCAAGAGAAAUUGAGGAAAGAGGUGGAGUCUCUGGAAAGACUACUGGAUGAAGAAAGGUCGGAGGUUCGCAGACUGAGCACAGCCAACGACGAGAUCCCAGAGCUGCAGAAGAGAUUGAGGAGUUUGGAGGAGGAGAAGGAGUCACAUACCACCACUGUCACCAACUUGGAGGCAACUAUAAAGGAGCAGAGAGAGAGUCGCGAAACUGAAUUGCAGAGACUUACAGAAGAACAUGAGACAGAUAAAGAGUCUCUCAGUAGCCUGUUGAGUGAGGUGAGGAGGGAGGUGGAGGAGGAGAGAGUGAGGGCCAGAGAACUGGAGAUGGCUGCCCAGGACAAGGAAGAAAUGGUCCGCAUCGUGGAGAAGAAAUCAAAUGCACUGCUGAAGGACUUGAAGCGUCAGUUGGUACACAUGCAGAAGAGAGAGGAGAAGAGGCAGGAGCAACUGCCCGAGUUAACCACAGGAGGGGAAGGAUAUGGAGCAGGCCAUGAGCAGAGUGCAGACAACGUCUCCAAACACAGCAGAGAGAGCAGCUUGUCUUCUAUCAGAGGUCACCUGCCCGCAGAGGGGAGUAUCUCCAGUCCUUCCUCCAGCUAUGGACCUGCUGGGGGCUCCUCCUCUUUCCCUCUCAAUGUGGGAGGAGUUAGUGAGGAAAUGAGAGACCUUCUGGCUAGAGUCACUGAACUACAGAGGGAGAAGUGGGUGCUGGAGGAGAGAGUAAAUCACCUGGAAACGACAGGGUCAGCCCUGGCAGAUGACGUCGUCAACAAGUCAGAGAUCAUCAAGUCUUACUACAUGCACAACAAGGCUGACCACACACCACCUCGGCGGACGGGGAGAGAAGAACUUCUCCGUCCGCUUAUUUUCUUG